AGAAUCCGAUGGUAUUAUACGAUUGAAGACAAUGACCAGCUGGUGUUAUACGAUCUGCCCCUUCGUUCUCUCACUCCGUCUUCUCACCUCAUUCAGACUCCCUCCGAUCCAAGCAUCGUCGUCAAGCAAUGCGGUAAAAUACCACUAUUUGUUUAUUUUUGACAUUUCACUACUAGCAAUGUUCUUCACGAAGGUAAAAUAUAUUGUUAUUAUUUUUGAAUGGUAAAAUAUAUAUAUAAAUGAUUGAUUUUGAUUCUUGUGAGCUAUGGAAGCAGAAGGGCAAUCACAGAACACUAUAAAGAGAAUUUCUAGAAAAGCCAUGCAGGGAUUUAACAUGAUACCAUAUCAUUUGGAGAACGAAGAUUCCGAGGAGGAGGCUAUUAUCUUGAAUCGUCGCAAUGGAAAUUACAAUUCAAAGGAUGCUACUUUAUGCUACACUUUACCCAUUCAUGGAUAUGGAGCUCCUAAUAAUAAGCUUUUCUUGACCCAAAGAGUGAACAACGUUGCUGACAUCAGUGAUCUUGAGUUUUGUAAUAAGCAUGACAUCGAUAAUACUGGCCUUGUAUGUCAGUGGCCAUCAGAAGAUGUUCUUGCUUACUUUUGCUUGUCUCACGCUGACUUGUUCAGGUCCAAAAGGGUUAUUGAAGUUGAAUCAGGCUAUGGUUUAGCUGGUUUAGUUAUUGCAGCAGUUACCGACGCUACAGAAGUCAUAAUCUCAGAUGGAAAUCCUCAAGUUGUUAAUUAUAUUGAGCAUAAUAUUGAUGCCAAUUCUAAAGCAUUUGGUGCCACAAAAGUAAAGUCCAUGACGUUGCACUGGAAUCAGGAUAAAAUUUCAAAUAUUUCUUACUCUUUCGACCUCAUCAUUGCAAGUGACUGGUAAGUUCCUCUGCUUUGAAUUUCCUUUCACUGCUGCACCAUAUUGCGUAGACUCCUCUUACUGUUUUUCAAUCCUAAAUAAAUGGAAGAAAAUAUUAUAAUUGUGGCAUAAAUUACUAAUCCAAUUUUUUGUUUCUUCUCUAUAAAAAUACUUGUGAUUUUUGUAUAAUUAGUGCUGAGAGUUAACUUAACAUGGGGCCCAACUCAAUGUCACUUUCUUGUAUAAUUAAGCAAUAAAUGUCUUAUGUCAUUGGCUGAAAAAAGCUUGUUUUGCUAAUUUAUUAAGGGUGAUUAUGUUUUUUGCUAUGCAUCUUUGCUAAUAAAAAAUAAUCAUCAUAAAAUUAGUGAUUGCGAAGACAGGUUUUUUCGAAGGAUAAUGGCUCUUUGGCUUUGAUCAUGUUGUAAAACUAAAAGCUCUAAAUAUCUGACUGUGACAAUAAAUAUCUAUGAUUAGGUAUGGUAAUUGUGUAUGUAUCCACCAUAGUCGUAUUCAACUAUGGUGUGGUAAAGUUUUGUGUAUUUUGUCUGCAUAUUUCCAUAUAAUAGUUCGGUAUUUGAAAUUCUUUUCUUCUCAAUUUUGGUGUGGGCUUGCAGGAAUUUAACACAGAACCUGUUAUUCCAUUUUACAAUGCUCGACCUGAGCAUGUAGAGAAGGCAUUGAAGCAUGUUUACCAUGCAUCAAUAAACAAAUCAAAAGGAAAAGAGUUAGAGCUUGUGUUAGCUAUCUUGCCUGACAACAACGGCUCCCUAUAUGAUAAAUCAUAUAUACACUUGAGGGUAUGUGUGACAGCAAUGAGAAUUUUUCAUUCUUUAUUAUUUUCUUUUCUAUCUAUAGUGGAUGUCUUUUUCUAAAAUUGAGAAUGAAUAUGGUUUACUAGAAUUUUUCGAUUCUUUAUUUUCUAUUAUAUAUAUACAUUCACUUUUGUAAAAUUAAGAAAAAUGAAGAAACCAAAUGGUAUGUUCGUUGUUUCCUCUUAUUUAUCGUCUAUAGAAAUUUUUAUUUGUAAAUUGACUAUAAUAUAUAUAUAUAUAUAUAUGUUAAUUGAUUUUUUUCCCUUUGAGAUAUCAGGGCACGCACAUCCGUAUACAUAAAUUGACUAUAACAUCCGUAUACAUAUUACUUUUUCACUCUCACUCUCAUAUUAUAUAUCUCUUUAUAUAUGAAUAUUUUGUCAUUUUGAGAGUACAAUAAUUAAGUGUGUAGCUACUUAGAGAUAGCUCAAAGUGGUUAGGUGUGUGAGUGUGUGAGAGAUGUAUAACGGGAUGGGUUGAAAUCCCUAUUAUAACAUUUGAAUUACAAUGUGUAUAUUCAAAUUUACUUUCAUAAAACAUAUCGUUUAUAAAAUAAUUUACAAUUAGUUACUAAAUUCUUAAACAAAAUCUACUAGAACUUAUAUAAAACUAAUAUUUACGUGGCUUGCCACGUAACUUUCAUCUAGUAUAUAUAUAUAUAUGCUCUCUUAAG